AUGCCUCAAGAAAGCGACCCCCUACUAGGCGGCACCAGGCCUACGGGCCCAAGCCGCCUGUCCAAGCACUUGCGCCGCGAAAUCGAUCCGGCGCAUGGCGACCUCCUACUACUUUUCUGCUACGUCAUCACCGGCCUCCUGGACAGCUCCGCAGUGUUUAUAUGGGGCUCGUUCGUGAGCAUGCAAACAGGCAACACCGUAUACUUUGGCCUCGGACUCGUCGGCACAGAUGACGAUCGCUGGAUCAAGUCCGGCGUGUCCAUAGCUAGUUUCUGCCUUGGCUCGCUAUGCUUCGCCGCCUUCCAUCGUCUCUUCCCAGCCAGGCAGCGAUGGGUUCUCUGUGCAUCAUUCCUUAUGCAGACGUUGUGUGUCACCCUUGCUGCUAUUCUUGUUACGAUUUAUCGACCUUCGCGCGAAGCGCCCUUGAGCUGGCUUGUUCUCGUUCCGCUUGCCUUGGUCGCUUUCCAGAGUAGUGGGCAGGCGGUUACUAGUCGGGUCUUGCAGUUCAGUGGCUUGACUAGUGUUGUUCUUACUAGUAUCUACUGUGAUUUGUUUUCGCACCCGGACCUUUUGUCUCCCAAGGUGAUCCGCCAUGCGGAGGAGAUGCGACGUCUGGGCGCUGUGUUAUGCCUCUUGUUUGGUGUGAUUUUGGGUGGUCUCUGGGCACAUAGCUCGGUGGGGCUUAUGGGGGCGUUGUGGACUGCUGCUAUCUUGAAAGGAUUCAUUAUUAUUGCAUGGUUAGCGUGGAAGGGCAAGGAUGAGGAGACCUAG